AUGACGUCGAAACUUUACGCCACAAGAAAAAUAAUAAUUCCCAGAGAACAAACCAUCCAACUACAGACCAAACAUCGUCACAACCACAAAGAUCACAACAUAAUCAUGGCAAAAGGCAAGAAAGACGAUUUGGAAACAGUAUCUGCUGAACCAUUGGAUUCAAUUGAUGAUUCCAAAUUGGAAAAGAAAGAGGCUAAGGAUAGUGGGGUCAGUGAAGCAACAAACAAAGACCAGUCAGAUGACAACAAAUCCAAAGACAAUGAAAGAGAAGCACCUAUUGAAGAUGUACCACUUGGUGAUGAUGAGAAAAAGGAUGCUGCUGCAGACUCAUCCAAGGAUGGUGCAACCAAGGAAGCAACAAAAAAGUCGCAAUCAACUGAUUCCAAAACUUCCAAUACUGAAGAAUCAGCACCGCCGGCACCACCAAAAAGACCCAAGGAUCCAGUAGAACAAAUAGUUCAAGAUUUAAAGGAUGCGUUUCCCCAAACCGAUGACAAGAUAAUCACAGCAGUCCUUAUUGCAUCUCAAGGUAAUCCCGAACCAGCAUUUGGUGCAUUACUUUAUUUAUCUGAUCCUACAUUCAAACCUGAUAUUCCAGUUUAUCCCCAACAUCAACCAACAGCAAAUCCUCGUGCUGCUUUUGGUAGUGGACUAGUUAGGAGCAGAGCACCUAGUGAUACUUCACAUACGUUUACUGAUGAUGAGAUAUUGGCUCGUAAAUUGCAAAAGGAAUUUGAGUUGGAGGAUGAAAGGCAAAGACGUAGACGUGAAGAAAAAGCAAGACAAAGACAACAUCAUGGGGAAAGAAGUAGUCGAGGAGGUGCAGCACCGGCUAGUAGCUCCCCCUCAAGUCGUGAACGUCGUCGUCGUGAUGGGGAUGAUUUUAAUGAUGAUGAUGAUUCUCCUGAUGAUUUUGAAACUAUAAAGGAAACUUUCACUCAGGGUUUAGAAGAAGCAAGAACAACAAUCAAUGGGUGGGUAUCUGGACUUGCUAAGAAAUUCGACAAUGCGGGUGGAAACAACAGAGAUUCCAAAUACGAGCGUGCAAACGAAGAUUAUGACUACAACUAUGAACAUCAAAACGAAAGACGUGGUCAACAACAACGCUCCUCACAACGUCCACCACGUCAACAAUUUGGUAGUAAAUCACAUCGUGAUGGUGGUAAUAAUUUUGGUAAUCUAGGUGGUGGUCGAUACUAUGAUGAUUGGAGAAACAAGAAUAAUCGUACUCGAUUUGAUGAAGAUCCUGAGAUUAUAACUGGUGAUUUUCAAGAUCAAAUUACCAUUACUGAUAAGGAUAGUUUGAAACUGGAAGAUAAUAAUAAAAAGAGCAACAAAAGUGGUGUGAUAAAGAAGAGUGGUGACAAAGAUGCAGAGGAAGAGGAGGAUCCUGAGACUACUCCUAAUUUACCUCGUCGCCCAAGGAUGUCAAGUGAUGUAGUUGAUGAUUCAAGAAAGGGGCAUAAUUCUACCACAACUAGUGGAAAUAAGACAAUCGGUGGUGGCGGUGGUGCAGAAACUACCGAUAAUGCGUUCCUGGUUGAUGAUAGUGAUGAUGAUGAUGAGAAUAGUAAUUUGGUAAAGAGCAAUUAG